AUGCACGCAUGCCCCAAUGAUUGCAUCUUGUAUAGGAAGGAGUAUGAAGAUUCAAAUAAUUGUCCUACUUGUGAUAUCUCAAGAUGGAAGGAAGGCAAAGAUUCAAUCUUGAAAAAGGGUGUGCCAGCGAAGGUGAUGUCUCAUCUGGCGGAUUCCCCGUCUUGGAAACUUCUUGAUGAUAAAUGGCCCGAGUUUGGUAAUGAGCCGAGAAACUUGAGAUUGGCUCUUUCAUCUGAUGAAUUCAAUCCCCACAGUUCUCUAAGUAGCAGAUAUAGUUGCUGGCCAGUUAUCUUAGUUACAUAUAAUCUCCCUCCAUGGCUGUGCAUGAAACGAAAGUUCAUGAUGUUUACCUUAUUGAUUUCCAGUCCUAAACAACCCAGAAAUGAUAUAGACGUCUACUUGGAGCCUUUGAUUGAUGAUUUAAAAUCUUUGUGGGAGGAGAUUGGAGGAGUGUAUGAUGCACAUAAUGGAGAAUACUUUACACUCAAAGCUGCAUUAAUGUGGACAAUUAAUGAUUUCCCCGCCUAUGGAAACUUAUUUGGUUGUGUUGUUAAAGGAUAUAAAGCUUGUCCAAUAUGCGGCGAUGAUACACUUAGUCACAGGUUGAAAAAUGGCCACAAAAUUUGUUACAUUGGGCAUAGAAAAUGGUUACCAAUCAAUCAUCCAUAUAGGAGGCAACGUGUAGCCUUUAAUGGGAAACCUGAAUAUGACACGCCUCCCGAGCCAUUAACCGGAGAAGAAGUGCUGCAUAUGGUUGAAGAUGGUGACAGAGUUUGUUGGAAGAAGAAAUCAAUAUUCUUUGAUCUCGAGUAUUGGAAAUACCUUCCUGUGAGGCAUGUCCUAGAUGUUAUGCACAUUGAGAAGAAUGUUUGCAUAGUAUCAUUGGUACAUUGCUGGAGAUCCCUGGAAAAAUAA